AUGCUAACUUGUAAUAAAGUGCAAGCUAUCCCUCAGAGAGAGAUAGUAGCUGAACAAGGGCAGUAUUAUUUUGAAGAAGAUCAAGAUGAUAAAAACAUUAAAGUCCUCUUUACAACAGAAACUCUUGCUGUAGGACUCAAUUCUCCAGUUAAAUUUAUGCAAAUAGCUGUAAAAGCUGGAAGACGAGGAAUUGAUGAAAAAGGAUAUGUCAUUAUUAUGACAAAUGCAAAAUUGAAUGUUGCUGCGCUUAAAAAUAUAUUAACACUUAAAUCUUCAGUACCAAUGAACUCGCAAUUAAGUGUCACAUAUAAUUUUGUUUUCGAUAAGUGUGGAUUUUCAAAUUACAAAGAAUUCCUUGAAAAUUCUUUUAAAAACUAUCAAAAAAAUAGCUUUUAUGCAAACACUGCUAUUUUCAAAAAAAGAAAAGAAGUUUUUAAAGAACUUAAUUUCAUUAAUGAAAAUAAUGAAUUAACAAAAAAAGGAAUGAUUGCUGCGAAUAUAUCCUAUGUUGAAGGAUCGAUGAUACUUGCUGAAUUAAUUGAAAGCAAUAACUUACUUAAUAAAAGGAUUGAUGCAAUUGCUGCAACAUUCUCUUUAUUUGUUUGUUCAAAAAGUACAUCAAAAGAAAAAUCUCAAAAAGCUAGUGAAUCAAUUAGUGCUGUGUGGAAAAUCCAAAAAAAAAUAAAUGAAAUUGAAAAAAAAAUAGAUUUUUCAAAAAAGGAAAUGUUGGAAGUCAAAAUUUAUGGUGAAAUGUAUGAAAAAGUUCAAGACCUGGUUAAUGGAAAAACAAUUUUUGAUACUAUUGAAUCUUCAGAAAUUUACGCUUUAAUAUUACUAAAAGUCAUCAAGGACAUUAAAAAAUUGUUUGAAGAAAUUAUAAAAUCAUGGAUUAAAGAUACCAAACGACCAUAA